AUCAGCAACUCAGGGGGACCUGUACGAGUCUACAGCCUACCUGGCCGAGAAAACUAUUCCUCAGUAGAUGCCAAUGGCAUCCAGUCUCAAAUGCUUUCUUUUUUUUUUUUUUCUUUCACAGUAACUAAAGGCAAAAGUAGUACACAGGAGGCCACAGGACAAGCUGUGUCCACAGCACAUCCACCAACAGGUAAACGACUAAAGAAAACACCUGAGAAGAAAACUGGCAAUAAAGAUUGUAAAGCAGACAUUGCAUUUCUGAUUGAUGGAAGCUUUAAUAUUGGGCAGCGCCGAUUUAAUUUACAGAAGAAUUUUGUUGUUUUUUUUUUUCUAAUGUUGGGAAUUGGAACAGAAGGACCACAUGUGGGUCUUGUUCAAGCCAGUGAACAUCCCAAAAUAGAAUUUUACUUGAAAAACUUUACAUCAGCCAAAGAUGUUUUGUUUGCCAUAAAGGAAGUAGGUUUCAGAGGGGGUAAUUCCAAUACAGGAAAAGCCUUGAAGCAUACUGCUCAGAAAUUCUUCACAGUAGAUGCUGGAGUAAGAAAAGGGAUCCCCAAAGUGGUGGUGGUAUUUAUUGAUGGUUGGCCUUCUGAUGACAUCGAGGAAGCAGGCAUUGUGGCCAGAGAGUUUGGUGUCAAUGUAUUUAUAGUUUCUGUGGCCAAGCCUAUUCCUGAAGAACUGGGGAUGGUUCAGGAUGUUACAUUUGUUGACAAGGCUGUCUGUCGGAAUAAUGGCUUCUUCUCUUACCACAUGCCCAACUGGUUUGGCACCACAAAAUACGUAAAGCCUCUGGUACAGAAGCUGUGCACUCAUGAACAAAUGAUGUGCAGCAAGACCUGUUAUAACUCAGUGAACAUUGCCUUCCUAAUUGAUGGCUCCAGCAGUGUUGGAGAUAGCAAUUUCCGCCUCAUGCUUGAAUUUGUUUCCAACAUAGCCAAGACUUUUGAAAUCUCGGACAUUGGUGCCAAGAUAGCUGCUGUACAGUUUACUUAUGAUCAGCGCACGGAGUUCAGUUUCACUGACUAUAGCACCAAAGAGGAUGUCCUAGCUGUUAUCAGAAACAUCCGCUAUAUGAGUGGUGGAACAGCUACUGGUGAUGCCAUUUCCUUUACUGUUAGAAAUGUGUUUGGUCCUAUAAGGGAGAGCCCCAACAAGAACUUCCUAGUAAUUGUCACAGAUGGGCAGUCCUAUGAUGAUGUCCAAGGCCCUGCAGCUGCUGCACAUGAUGCAGGAAUCACUAUCUUCUCUGUUGGUGUGGCUUGGGCACCUCUGGAUGACCUGAAAGAUAUGGCUUCUAAACCGAAGGAGUCUCAUGCUUUCUUCACAAGAGAGUUCACAGGAUUAGAACCGAUUGUUUCUGAUGUCAUCAGAGGCAUUUGUAGAGAUUUCUUAGAAUCCCAGCAAUAAUGGUAACAUUUUGACAACUGAAAGAAAAAGUACAAGGGGAUCCAGUGUAUAAAUUGUAUUCUCAUAAUACUGAAAUGCUUUAGCAUACUAGAAUCAGAUACAAAACUAUUAUAUUAAAUAUGUCAACAGCCAUUUAGGCAAAUAAGCACUCCUUUAAAGCCACUGCCUUUUGGUUACAAUUUACAGUGUACUUUGUUAAAAACACUGCUGAGGCUUCAUAAUCAUGGCCCUUAGAAACUCAGGAAAGAAGAGAUAAUGUGGAUUAAAACCUUGAGUUCUAACCAUGCCUACUAAAUGUACAGAUACGCACAUUCCAUAGCUCAAUAAAAGAAUCUGACACUUAGACCAAAAGCAACAUUCCUUCUCUAACCAUUCCGUAUUGAUUUAUAUAAGCAAAAUGAAAAGAGAAACUUAAAUGGAACACAGCUCUUUAACAUGGUUCAGGUAUACGUAUUUUGACCCAAGUGGAUAUUUUCUUAAAAUCAAUCAACAAUAGCUAGCUAUUACUGCAGACUAUAAAAUCUGGGUAUAGAAAGGAGUCCUGUGUCAAACUGCUUUUGUAGUGUGUUUUCAUAACAACUUAUGACUAAAAAUAUCACACUGAAUAAGAGAGCAGGAUUGCCAGGUAUUUUUCUAUUUCUCUCCUUAAUUUUAUAUGUAUAUAGAUAUAUUUGGCUUAUAUUCUAAGUCACCCAAGUACUUAAAAGUUGGUAAAGUAUUUACUGACUGCUUAUAAACAUUUAAAGACAUUUCAAGUAACUGCAGGAAAAAAUAAUGUAAUUGGAAUACUUAAGCAAUAAAACUGCUAGUGAGUGAUUGUAA